CCUCAGCGCUCUGCACUGCUGCGGGGAGACCGGACUCAGUGGCAGGCAGCAAGCCGCUCCAGCCAGGUUUUGUCCAGGUUGAGGCUUGUCACUUGCUGCCACAUCCCCAUAUUCCUGGCGAAACUCUCAGCGGACUGUAACUGCAUCCCAAACUCUGGACGCUGCGCCAGAAAUCCUGAAACCAACAUAUUAGAACAAAAACAAAGCAUGGCUCACCAUAUUAUAUUUCUUUGGAUCGUUUUGGUCCUGCUGCUUCAGCAUUCUGUAUUAGCCGAAGAUGGGGAAAUAAGAUCAAGUUGUCGUACUGCUCCAACAGACUUAGUUUUCAUCUUAGAUGGCUCUUACAGUGUUGGUCCAGAAAACUUUGAAAUAGUGAAAAAGUGGCUUGUUAAUAUCACAAAAAACUUUGACAUAGGACCCAAGUUUAUUCAAGUUGGAGUGGUCCAGUAUAGUGACUACCCUAUACUCGAGAUUCCCCUUGGAAGUCAUGAUUCUGGAGAGAGUUUGCUGACAGCCAUGGAAUCCAUUAACUACUUAGGAGGAAACACCAGAACUGGAAAGGCCAUCCAAUUUGCACUUGAUAACCUCUUUGCCAAGUCCUCGCGAUUUCUGACUAAGAUAGCAGUAGUACUAACAGAUGGUAAAUCUCAAGAUGAAGUCAAGGAUGCAGCAGAAGCCGCAAGAGACAAUAAAAUAACAUUAUUUGCUAUUGGUGUUGGCGCAGAAACAGAAGAAGCAGAGCUUAAAGCUAUUGCCAACAAGCCUUCAUCUACUUAUGUGUUUUAUGUGGAAGACUAUAUUACAAUAUCCAAAAUAAGGGAAGUGAUGAAGCAGAAGCUUUGUGAAGAAUCUGUCUGUCCAACAAGAAUUCCAGUGGCAGCUCGGGAUGAAAAGGGAUUUGAUAUUCUUUUAGGCUUGGGGGUUAAGAAAAAGGUUAGGAAAAGAAUCCAGCUUUCACCAACAAAAAUAAAAGGAUAUGAAGUAACAUCAGCAGUUGAUUUAUCAGAAUUCACAAGCAAUGUUUUCCCAGAAGGACUUCCUCCUUCAUAUGUAUUUGUCUCCACUCAAAGAUUUAAGGUCAAAAAAAUUUGGGAUUUAUGGAGAAUUUUAACCAUUGAUGGAAGACCACAAAUAGCAGUUACCUUGAAUGGUGUGGAAAAAACUUUACUAUUUACAACAACCAGUGUAAUGAAUGGCUCACAAAUUGUCACUUUUGCUGACCCACAAGUUAAGACACUAUUUGAUGAAAACUGGCAUCAAAUUCGUCUUUUAGUAACAGAAGAGGAUGUUACACUAUAUAUUGAUGAUCAACAAAUUGAAAACAAGCCCUUACAUCCAGUUUUAGGGAUCUUUAUCAGUGGGCAAACACAAAUUGGAAAAUACUCCGGGAAAGAAGAAACUGUUCAGUUUGAUGUCCAAAAGUUGCGCAUCUACUGUGACCCAGAACAGAACAACCGGGAGACAGCAUGUGAGAUUCCUGGAUUUAAUGGCGAGUGCCUGAAUGGUCCCAGUGAUGUAGGUUCAACUCCAGCUCCCUGCAUUUGUCCUCCUGGAAAACCAGGACAACAAGGUCCCAAAGGUGACCCUGGACAGCCUGGGAAUCCUGGCUACCCUGGACAACCGGGUCAAGAUGGUAAGCCUGGAUAUCAAGGAAUCUCAGGAUCACCAGGUGUUCCAGGAUCCCCAGGGAUACAAGGAGCUCGAGGACUACCUGGGUAUAAAGGAGAACCAGGGAGAGAUGGUGAUAAGGGUGAUCGUGGGCUUCCUGGUUUUCCUGGGAUUCAUGGAAUGCCAGGAUCAAAGGGAGAAAUGGGCCACAAAGGAGAUAAAGGGUCACCUGGAUUUUAUGGCAAAAGGGGUGCAAAAGGUGAAAAGGGUAAAGCUGGUUUUCCUGGCAUUCCUGGACAUGCUGGAGAACCAGGAAGAGAUGGAAAGGAUGGAUUAAUGGGCAGUCCUGGUUACAAGGGAGAACCAGGCCCUCCAGGUGCUCCAGGGCAGGAUGGAUCACGUGGAGAUCCUGGAAUUCCAGGAUUUCCUGGAAACCGAGGUUUAACAGGACAAAAGGGAGAAAUUGGACCUACAGGACCUAUGGGGAAAAAAGGAGCUCCAGGGAUACCUGGCUUGAUGGGAAGUAAUGGUUUGCCAGGUCAUCCUGGAAUACCAGGACUUAAGGGAAGUAAAGGUGAACCUGGACAUCAAGGGAUUCCUGGAGCUUCUGGACUCAAGGGAGAUAAAGGAGCAAUGGGUCCACCUGGAGAACCAGGACACAUGGGUUUACCUGGGAUUCAAGGAAAAGAGGGGGACAAAGGAAGUCAAGGAGAAAAAGGCAUUCAGGGUCAGAAGGGAGAAAAUGGAAGACAAGGGAUUCCCGGACAGCAGGGAAUUCAAGGCCAUCAUGGUGCAAAAGGAGAGAGAGGUGAAAAGGGAGAGCCUGGUGUUAGAGGUGCCACUGGACCUAAAGGAGAAUCUGGGGUGAAUGGUCUGAUGGGGCCCAUGGGUCCCCAGGGGCAACCUGGGGAAACAGGUCCUCAGGGACCUCCAGGAUUGGAUGGGAAACCUGGAAGAGAAUUUUCAGAACAGUUUAUUCGACAAGUUUGCACUGAUGUAUUAAGAGCCCAGUUGCCAGUCUUACUUCAGAGUGGAAGAAUUCAAAAUUGUGAUCAUUGCCAGUCCCAACAUGGUUCCCCUGGUAUUCCGGGGCCACCGGGUCCGAUAGGGCCAGAAGGGCCCCGAGGAUUUCCUGGUUUGCCUGGGAGAGAUGGUGUUCCUGGAUUGAUGGGUGCUCCCGGACGCCCAGGUGCCAGAGGAUUAAAAGGCCUACCAGGAAGAAACGGGGCAAAGGGGAGUCAAGGAUUUGGGUAUCCUGGAGAUCAAGGUCCUCCUGGUCCCCCAGGUCCAGAGGGUCCUCCUGGAGUAAGCAAGGAAGGCCCCCGAGGAGACCCCGGUCCCCCUGGCAAAGAUGGAGAUCAUGGAAAAGCUGGAAUCCAAGGGCAACCAGGCCCUCCUGGCAUCUGUGAUCCAUCACUGUGUUUUAGUGUAAUUGUUGGAAGAGAUCCAUUUAGAAAAGGACCAAACUAUUAGUGUCUGAUGCCUCAUUCAGCAACCUGGGCGUGGUGCUUUUCUCUGUGGUCUUUUGCAUCUCAGGAAGAUAACCCACAGUAAUCCCUUGAAAAAAAGACUAAUGUACCUCGGUGUUUUUAUUAUUAUUAUUUCCUUAAGGAAAAAUAUAUAAAAAGUCUCAUGUACUGAUUUUAAAGUCUCCACAGUAAUUUGGAGCCUUCAAAUUAGUAGCAUUAAAUUGCAAGGGUUUCUUGAAAGUCUAUUUGCUUUGGUCAAAGCUGAAUAUUAAAAAACAAACAAAACACCAUUGCCUAUUAGCCAGUCCAUUUUAGUCACUGUGAAAUAUUUCACAUUCAUUCUUCCAUGAAUCCUUCAUAGAGUAUUUGAGUUCACUCUUGCGUCUGUGUGUAUUUCAUGUUUUAUAUCUCAUAGCUCAUGCUUCUACAUUAGCCAAAACAUAAAUGUGGUCAUUGGAAAUAAGGUCAGGGCUGAUAUUCAGCAGGGACAGGUCGUAUUGCCACACUCGUCAAUCAUCUGGUGUCUGUGCUUACUGGAUAUGGGCAUUGGACUGCUGGCUGGUCAGUGUUUUGAAUAUCACCUGUGAAUAAGAUCCAUAUGUUUCUUAUUUCAUUGUAAGUUCUCAAAUUUGUUCAGUGAUUAUACUAAGACAGUGUGUUGAUUAUGAUGGGAAUGGCCAAAAUUACAUAACAUUAAAAACAUUUCGAACAAGAAAUAUUUUGCAACACAUGGUCAAUAUGUUUAAGGAAAAAUGCCUGUUCAGAGAUUCUAAAAGGAUUUGGCUCUUCAAGCUUACUGAGGAAUUAGAAUGUUAUAUGACUCUAUUUUCCAUUUCACUUACAUGUGUAUGUUUGUAUAUGUUAACUUUGGUUGUAACAAAGCUAAAGGGAAUAAAUACUCCAUUUGAAAGGAAAGAUAACUCUCCAAAGAUCCUAGUAUGUCUUGAUGUUCUUUUUAACAAUCUUUGAAAUAUUCUGAACAGCCUUGGUGCUUUUUGCAAGGAACGUUAAUUUGAGAUAUUUCACUUUUAUCAUGUUCUAAAUUUUGUUACAUGCUUGUUACUCAAAGUACAAUAAAGUUUUG